CAUCUGAAAUGGAGGAAUCGAAGGAAAACAUCAACAACGCGAACUGGAAUGUGGUUAGCAUAGUGUAGAAAAUUGAGUUUUCAUGGACGGAAUUAUCCUGCAAUAAAGUAAACAUGCUUCUGAGAUAUCAAAUCACCGUCGGAAGCUUCGGUAAUGUGUGUGUGUGUGUGUGUGUGUGUGUGUGUGUGUGUGUGUGUAGUGAUUGUCGAUAACCACUAGGUGAUUGUACUGUGUGCUUGAUUACUUUGGGAAAUCACCCGAAUCACACUGUGGGCCAAUUUAUGCCACACAAUCGCAGGAAAUGAUAAUCGGUCCGGUGGUCUAGUGGGAGCCAUCUUCCCGUCCAUUUCGAUAAGAACUUCACUUGAAGCGCAUAUAAAAAUGGCAACAACCAAGCAAUUGCUCAUCAGACACCUAAGGGAAAUCGUAACCAUCGGUUGGGCUGUGAAGAGAAUGAAGCAAGAUUUGAAACUGAUUUUUCUUGUGCUUGUCGGUGCCACGACACUGUUGCUACUAUUGCCGGGCGUUUCAGCAGCUCAUUUACCAGUUCCAUACUUUGACCAAAGGCUUGCCGUUGGACCAUUAACUUGGAGCGAGAUGGCAUACUUGCGGCGGCUCGCAGAGGUUGAGGACGGUAGCCUGGAGGUGACCACAAGUUCUACCGAAGCAGAUGGUUCCGAUGCUUGGGACAAUUCGUGCGUCAGUGAAGCAGUUAAUUCUGGCGGUUUCAGCAUGGAAGAAGAGACAAAGGAAUCGGACGAAACCAUCCAGGAGGAUGUGUAGAUAAUGGUGACAGCAUUGGGCACCGUGUAGUUCCAGUAGUGGCAAUA